GGAGAGGGAGGUGUGUCUGGCCGUGUGGGGGCGGUAUUGCGCAUGCUCAGUGCUGUACAUAGUGAUGCAGGUGAGUUACUACACAAUAGGUACAGAGUACAGGAGUGUGUUAGUGUCUCCUCACCGCACACGGGUGUAUUAGUGAGCGUCAUGUGGAGGAGCGGGAUGGUCGUGUGUUGGUGGAUGUGUGUGGAGGUGUGUGAGGGUGGAGGCCUGGUGGAUGCAGUGAGUGAGCGGAGAGCGGAGGUCAGUCACCGGAGAGACAGCGCCAACCUGCUGACUGCUGCAGUGCUGCUGAGUCUCACUAUCAUCACCGUGUGGAGCUUCAAACACAGGAGACUCAUGUUUCUGCAUGAGACCGGACUCGCUAUGAUCUACGGUCAGAUAUCUUCUUCAUCAUCAGCAUCAUCAUCAUCAUCAUCAUCAUCAUCAUCAUCAUCAUCACCAUACGACAUUAUCUCUAGAGGAACCUUCGGGAGAGACAUGGUGUGUUUCAGAGAGGGAUGAUGCUAGAACCCUGACUGAGACCCAGAACCCUGACUGAUACAGUAACAUUACAGACUGAUGAUGAGGAUGAUGAUGAGGAUGAUGAUGAGGAUGAAUGAUGUUGUAUCAGUGAUGUAUAUCAGCAGUCUGAGCUCCAAACGCAGAUUUAUUUGAAAUUUAUUAACACAAAUAAUAAAAUUAUAAUUACAUAAAUAAGUGUGUGUGUGUGUGUGUGUGUGUGUGUGUGUGUGUGUGUGUGUCACUGCUGUGAGAAAAAAAAUCAGACUUAACUAACUUGUUGCUGCGUCAUGAUGGAUUAAUCACCACCUGUUCCUUCUACAUUCAGAGAAGAAAUACUGAUGAUCAUUAGUGGGUGUGGUUCUGCGCUAUGGUGUACACACUGAGCAGGAGGGCAGUAAUGUUACAGGUGUGUGUGUGUUGGAGUCGAGUCCCGUCUCUCUGGUGGUGAAUGUCAGCGGGCGCUUUUAUGAAUACACACUGAGGGGAGAAGUGAAUGAGGGAGACCACACCCCCAACAACGAGAUCCUCCGCCACUUUUGACCCAGAGGUGUUUUUUAACAUUUUACUGCCACCCAUCAUUUUUUAUGCUGGUUACAGCCUCAAACAGAAACACUUCUUUAGAAAUCUGGGCUCCAUCUUGUCCUAUGCUUUUGUUGGUACUCUGAUUGCUUCAUUUGUCACUGGGUUGGUGAUGUUUGGCUGUGUGGUGGUGAUGAGUAAACUCGGUCAGCUCGCUGGUGAUUUCUUCUUCACUGACUGUCUGUUCUUUGGAGCGAUCCUGUCAGCCACAGACCCUGUGACAGUUCUGGCCAUCUUUAAUGAGCUGAAGGUGGAUGUGGACCUUUAUGCACUGCUGUUUGGAGAGAGUGUGCUGAAUGACGCUGUGGCCAUUGUCCUCUCAUCUUCCAUUGUAGCAUAUCAGCCAUCUGGUCACUCAUUUGAAGGUGAGGCCAUGUUGGCGUCUCUCGGAUUGUUUCUCGGGGUCUUUAGUGGCUCCUUCCUGCUCGGUUCUGCUGCCGGAGUCCUGACUGCUCUGCUGACGAAGUUUACUCGGCUGAGGGAUUUCCCCUUGUUAGAGACGGCUUUGUUCUUCCUCAUGUCCUGGAGCACCUUCCUAUUGGCUGAGGCCUGCAGCAUCACCGGUGUGGUUGCUGUGCUAUUCUGUGGUAUCACUCAGGCUCAUUACACCUACAACAACCUGUCUACAGAGUCCAAAAAACGCACAAAGGAGUUGUUCGAGUUAUUGAACUUUCUGGCUGAGAAUUUUAUUUUCUCCUACAUGGGUGUGACUCUGUUCUCCUUUCAGCAUCACGUCUUCAACAUUGUUUUCAUCUCUGGUGCCUUUCUGGCCAUAUUUUUAGGAAGAGUUGCGAAUAUUUAUCCUCUUUCCUUCCUGCUCAAUCUGGGCCGAGCGAAUCCCAUCAGCUCUCGCUUCCAGCACGUCAUGAUGUUCGCAGGGCUGAGAGGAGCGAUGACCUUUGCCCUUUCGAUUCGGGACACAAGCACCUAUGCGAGGAAGAUGAUGUUCUCCACCACACUUAUCGUCGUCUUCCUCACGGUGUGGGUGUGUGGGGGCGGCACCACGCCCAUGCUCACCUUAAUGAACAUCAGAGUCGGUGUUGAGGAGGAUCAGGAGAACUUGGUGGAGGAGUGUGUGAGUGAUCGUGACUCUGCGUGGCCUUUCAGACUGUGGUACAAAUUUGACAACAAUUAUCUGAAGCCUCUGCUCACACACACUGAUCACCCGCUCACACACUCCUGCUGCAGCCCACUGGCACAGUGCCUCAACACUCAACACACUCGGCAGGAUGAUGAUUCAGAGUUGAUCCUCAAUAACAGCUCCAGAGUCCUGUAUAGUGAACUCUGUGACCUCAGUGACCACAGUGACCUCAGUGACCUCAGUGACCUCAGUGACCUCAGUGUCCCCUCUAUCUCGUCCAAUCAGGACAUGACUCACUCAUCCUGAUGAGCCCUAGACCUCUACACUUCCUCCUCCUCCAUCCUCAUGCAGUCAUUCAGAGCUGCUCAGAUACAGACUCUAACACUGUAAUACUGUCUCAGUGCACUUGUACACUAGCCCUAAGUAGUGCACACUCACAUCACAAUCACUCUUUCCCUUGUGGACAUAUAGGGCCCUAGAAAUGAUGUACCUUGUGUAGUGCACUCUGUAUCUGAUGAGUGAGCUUUAGAGGCAUCCAA